AUGUGCCGCGACUUCGCCAGAGGCAAUUGCCGAUGGAAGAACUGCAAAUUUGCUCAUGUGAGCAAUGACCAAAGCCGCAGUCCAAAAAUCCCAACUAGCCAGAUCCAACGCCCUGAGCCCUUGCCCCGACGAGAUCGUGGCUUGCCAAAUCCAGAAAAAGCAUUUCGAGCAUGGCAUGGCAGCAUUCCCCUACGCGCGGCGCUCAUUCGUCCUUCUUCUGGGAAGAAAACCACCAUCUUCCGGAAGGCGAGGGAACUGAUUGAAUCUGACGCCAGUAUACGAAAAGAAGUUAUCCGGACAUUUGCGACUGAGGACGGCUUGCGCCUCGUCUUGGACCUUGUCGAGGAGAACUUCGAAGACAUGGAUGCCGCAACAAGAGACCUAAUUUUCAAGACUCAGGUGCUACCAUUUCUAGAGACAAUCUCAAAUCCCGAGGUUCUCUCCUCUCUGGCACUAGAGCAGGUAGUAGGCACAAUCUACAAUAUCUUGUUUGGAAUCGACGGAUCCAGAGCAGCGCGAUGGCUCAAUUUCAUCUGUGGGGUUCUCGAAGUCGACACCACCAAUGAAGGCAGUGCCAUGUUACUGGAGGCAUCUCUGCACACGUUUUCUCGCAUUGCGGACCUAAAUUCUACGGCUCCUAUCCAGGACUGCCUGCAUGCCGUUGCACAGAGAUUUGAAACUGUGUUCACCUCGAUGAAUAGCAAGCAUGGCAUUAGCGGUAGACUUUAUCAAUCUAGGCUGCACCUUGAUCGUCUUCUUCAGCGCAUGGAGACUGGAAAUUCGCUCCCAACGGGCACGCCAGAGAAGAAAGCCAAGAAAGAAAGCAAUGUUGCUUUUGUCGCCAACCGUGAGAGUCCCGGGGGCAGACACAACAAUGACUUUGACGACAUCUGCCAGAUCAGGAUCAUGCCUAGCUUCGAAGAAAUCCGCAGCCUUAGAGGAGAGUACUUACCCAUCAAUAACCCACUUCAGUGGCAUAUUGAUGGCAUCGACGGAUUGCUAGAUCGAAACUUUCGGUUGUUGCGAGAAGACACCGUUGGCCAACUCAGAGAUGCAAUCCACCACGAACUAAGUCCGCGUGCCCAGCAGUCACAAGUGCGCAAGUUCGUGUAUCCUAAGUCCUUGGUGGUCAAUCUCGAGUUCAACUGGCUUUCGGGUCUUUACUUCGAAGUCGACUUCCCUCAGCCUGGUGCUGUAGCAAACUACACGCCCAUGGCCCGAGAGAUGUGGUGGCAGAACUCAAAGCGCCUACAGCCUGGUGCGCUUGUUUGCCUAAUCAUUCAAGAGGAUGUGGUAUUGUUUUGCACUGUCACACAUCGUGAAAUGUCACCCAGGCGUAAAAGGGAUAACGUCCUCCCACAAGAUCACACCCCCCAACAGAACAGGGCAGAACCAAAGACAUUGUGGAAGAGCCCCACGAGAGGCUCGGUUAUGUUGAUGCUGGUUGAUUCUCGGUAUACCAACGCCCAAGUCGUUCUGGACCUUUUUAGUCCCAAGAAGCCUACUAUGUCUCUGGUGGAGUUCCCAGGGGUCAUUCUUCCAGCCUUUGAACCGGCGCUCCAAGCACUUCAAUCAAUGAAAGUGGCCCGAAACCUACCUUUCUCGGAGUUGUUUGUUCCGUGGGUCUUUGAGAAUUUUAACAUAUCCGAUAUGGCCCCUCCAUUAUAUGCUUCGCAGCCUGGCUUUGCGUUCAACCUCCGCUGCCUCAUGAAGGAUGACACUAAUUUCUUCGUCCGCGUUAAUCAACCAUCUGACGUGAAAUAUGUACAAGAUCAUUCAACCCUGGAUGGCGCACAGGCUCAUGCAUUGAUCAGUUGUUUGAAGCGCAAGCUUGGUUUGAUACAAGGGCCACCUGGUACCGGCAAGAGCUACACUGGUGUGGCUCUUGUCAAAGUUUUACUGACAAAUAAAGAGGCAGCUAGAGGAAAGUUAGGCCCCAUAUUAUGUGUUACAUAUACCAAUCAUGCUCUUGACCAACUUCUUGAGGCUUUACUGGACAACAAUGUGACAUCGCAAAUCGUUCGUAUUGGAUCCCAGUCCAAGUCGGAGAGGCUGGAAAGAUUCAACCUUCAGACUGUCGCCAAAGAUACAGCAAGAACAAAGAUGGAGAAGAAAGAAAGAUGGUACACAGCCGAGAGACUCUCAUUGUGUGAGGAUGACUUUCGCGCCCUUGAUCUGAAAAAGGAAGUUCCCAUUGCUCGUCUCAAGUCCUAUAUCCAGCGAACAGAUCCCCAGCACCACGAUCAGCUGUUUUCAUUGGUUCAGGCAGAUAGUUUAUUGGGAGUAAAAACCAACAGCCCCCAGACAGCACUCAAUUCCUGGCUUGAUUCAGCACCUGAGGACAGUACUCGUGCACGGCCUGUGGGCGAACUCAUGGAAACCAGUGUUUUUGAGAUGUCUCGAACAGAACGACAGCAUAUUUACAACCGCUGGGUUCGUGAUUGCCGGGCAGAAUUGGACGAAAGCGUUAGGCAAAUAAUCUCGUCUCACAGGGCCGCCAAACAGGGGUACGAUAGCGUCCAGGAUGAGAUGCACCUUCGCUGCCUGUCCCAAGCAGACGUCAUCGGCGCCACUACAGCAGGACUUGCUCGCAGACUGGAUAUGUUUCGGAGGCUUCCUUGCAAGUUCAUGCUAUGCGAGGAGGCUGGUGAAGUUCUUGAAUCACAUCUCCUUACGGCGUUUAUACCUUCUGUUGAGCAUGCAAUCCUCAUUGGUGAUCAGCAACAACUUCGCCCUCAAGUCCAAAAUUACGAUCUUUCUAGCGAGAAUCCUCGGGGUGGUGCGCAAUACUCACUCGAUAUCUCCCUGUUUGAAAGACUGGUGAGCUCAAACAAAAGCCCCAUGGAUUGUGGAGCUCCUUUCAGCACGUUGGAAACACAGCGACGAAUGCAUCCAUCCAUCUCUCAAUUGAUCCGUGAAACCCUGUAUCCAAAGUUGAAGGAUGCUCCAUCUGUCUCGGAGUAUCCGGAGAUUGCGGGGAUGCGGAAAAGAUUAUUCUGGUUGGAUCACCGACAGCGAGAGGGAGGAUCUGAUGCCGAUGCCAUGUCGACCUCUCAUUGGAACAUUUAUGAGGUCGAUAUGACCGUUUCACUUGUCAAUCAUCUUAUUCAACAAGGUGAAUACAAACACGGAGACAUCGCGGUACUGACUCCAUAUCUAGGCCAACUCUACCGACUACGAAAGAGGCUCGAUGAACUCUUUGCCAUCGUAGUAGGGGACCGCGAUCGAGAUGAUCUCAAUCAAGCGGGCUAUGCAGACUAUGAGGCCAAGGCCAAGCCAAAGAUCAAAGCAGCCUUGUCACAGACUCUUCGGGUGGCCACGGUAGACAAUUUCCAAGGCGAAGAAGCUAAGGUUGUUGUGAUAUCUCUAGUCCGAAGUAAUCCCAGCAACCAAUGUGGCUUUCUACGCACUUCCAAUCGGAUCAAUGUUCUCUUGACGCGAGCACAACAUGGCAUGUAUAUCAUCGGCAAUUCCGAGACCUCGAUCCAUGUUCCCAUGUGGGCUCAAGUCGUAAAGAUUUUGAAGCGAAAUCAGAAUAUCGGAAAGGCCCUGGAGCUGCAAUGUCCGCGUCACCCAGAUACACCCAUUGCGGUUUCGAUGCCAGAAGAUUUUCCAAAGUUCUCUCCCGAAGGAGAGGACCUGAGAACAUCCCAGCAAAUCAUGGAAAUUGCGAGCAACGGUGUGACCGGAACCAUUCUACAUGCGCUCAUACCUGUAGCGUUCCCUGCCACGGCGAGGAGCCAUGCUCUCCAUGCAAAGCUCCUUGCGAAGUGCACUGCGGCCAUUCCAAGUGCCCACGAAUGUGCUACGAUCCGUGUACUCCUUGCGCAGAAGAAAAAUGUCUUUCAGCGUGCCCUCAUAGCGUCUGCUCGAUGCCGUGCGCAGCCCCCUGUGAUCAUGUUCCAUGUUCCAAGCGAUGCGACAAGAAGCUGA